UGCCCAUUUAAUUCCCGUUAUUUCACAAUUGAUUUUUUUCGUCAUUUGACGAUCUUUGUGUAUUUUUCGCGUAUUUAACCACUGUGGACUCGCUCCGACUCUUUUUCGUGUCCAUUUCUCUACUCGUCCUUAAUCUGCAGUCACAAUUCUCACAUCGAUUACAAAUAUCUGUUGAAUUGAAUAAUUAUUAUUUUUAAAUCCGUCUAUUGACUGUAAAAUAAGCCAGGGUUUCUGAUUUAGGGCACAGAAGAAAAAAGAUGUCUUUGUAAUGGAAGGAUUAAUGGCAGCACAAGUAGGGCGGAAAGAGUGGAGAAUGGUGGCGGAGGGUUCAGUCGGGCGGGGGGAGAACCACAACAACAGUAGUAAUAGGGCUUUUGUGGAGGGAAUUAAUGACAGCAGUAGCAGGAGGGGAGCAAUUAGGCCCUCCAGGAGUAAUAGUAAUAGUGGAAGUGUUAGCAGCAGUAUGAAUCAUAAUAAUAAUAGUAGUUGUAAUGGGGUUUUUCAUUCUGGGGGAAGUAGCGAGCAUUCUAGUGACUCUGGUGAAUCUGGGCCGGCGAAUUUGAUGGUCGGCAACAUGGCUUCUCCUAGGCAGAAUAUCAGCCCGCCUGAGGAUGCUACAAUUUAUGAGAUAAAGCAUGUGCAGCAGGCUAACAUACAGCUGGACAAUGAUUUAGGUUCCAUCUCCAUUGAAUCUGGUCUGAGCAAUAAUGAGGACUCCAUGCAACAGGGCUUGCAUGAAAUUGUAAGGCAAAGAGAGCAGUUGCAACGCAUGGAGAUAGAUCUUAGAGCACGGUUUAUUGCUCAGGCAGAUGUAUUUCGUAUCCAAACUGAAUUUGAAGAGCAGACAAAACAGCAUGCUAGCAUUGUUGCUAGCCUCCAGGAGCAACUAGAACAAAGGGACCAUCAUAUGCGUGAUUUGGAGCAACAGUUAGAAGAAAGGCAGAGACAACUUCAUGUGAAUCAGAUAGAGAUCAAUGAAGCAGUGAGUCGGGUAUGGGCUAAAGAUGGCCUUCUUAGAGAGCAGAAUAAUGAGCUAGCUACUUUACGAAGGGAAUGUGAGACAGCACUAUCUGAGCAGAAAGCAACAGCUGCACAGUUGGAAUCUGAGAGAACACAACAUCUUACAGAGUUACAGGAUUUGAAGGAACAGCUUCAUGAGAAGGAAAGAGAAAUUCAUGAAAUCGAGGAGCAGAGGAGGAGUGCACAAGAAAUGCUUUUAUACAAGGAUGAUCAGUUACGGGAAACUCAGACAUGGCUAGCACGCUUACAGGAGAUGGAUGCUAUUCAUGUGAACAACAGUCACAAUUUGCAAGUAGAGCUGAGAGAUCGUGUUGAUCAGUUCAACCAAUUUUGGUUAAGUUGCCAAAGACAGCUGGCAGAUCAAGAGAGAUACUAUGUACAAACCAUUCAGCAUCUACAAAUUGAGCUAGCUGAAGCAAGAGAACAAAGUCAAAUUUCCAAGGAUAAUUUGAGUCUGAAUCAGAGUGAAUCAAAAGAAAAGAAGCAAUCACAUUCAGAAAACAAAGGGGGUAAUCAAUAUAAUGUAAAUGGGGAUGCAUCUUCAAAGACAAGCAAAAAUGGAAGUACAUUGGUGCUGAAUAACCAAGCUAAGGCUGGGAUGAUACCAAAUGGCAAUGUAGAUGGAGCUACUCCUCUUAUUCUGGUCCGUGAUCUGCCUGCUAAGGUGGAGCAUGCUGCUGGACUACCUGUUUCACCAUCUCCAGUUUUUGGCAUGGCCACUGUUCUUCCAUCUGAUCCAAUGGGAAUGAUGCACCCAUUUGGAGUGCAUCAACAAAGCAUUCCACAGACUUUACAACCAGCUGCUGCCCAGGUUCCUCCACCUCCAUUUGGGCAAUUUCAAUCAAUAUCUGCUGUUGUUCCUCGCCAAGAAGUUCCGAAUCUACAACAUCAACAGCAAAUCCAUCAAACCCAUAAUUACAUACAUCAAAAUCAGCCUCCACAAGUCCAGAGAUUUCCACCAAGACAGCAAUCACAUUCUAAUCAUCAAGUGAAUAUGAAAUCUCAAGCGCUGCAUUCUAAGCAUCAAGAUAUGCACACAAACUCUCAUCAUGAACAGACAGGGGGUGAUAUGGUGGAUAUGCAGAAAGAGCAGCAGGCACAGAAACCAAAAGAAGAAAAUCAAGAACAAAAAUUGUCUUCUAUUAUUCAGCAGGAAUAUAAUGAACAUCACCACCAACCACAGGAAACUUCACUGGAUCAAGCUUGUCAGCAGGACCCACAGGCAAUAUCAAUUCAUUCAUCCUUCCAACCUUUGGAGCAGAGUAGAAGAUUGGAGCAGCAGCAGUUGCCAUCAUUUUUACAACAUCAGAUCAAGCAAUCAAAAGCAGAUUUGGGAAAUCAAGACAUGGAAUAUGAAACUCAGCAUGUUACACAUUCACACGAUAAAUCCAUGAAUGCAGAGCAAUUGGGUCCAAUUUCCCGAGCACCUGUUUCUGCAUCUCCAAGUUCUUCAUUUGGAGGUUCAAGUCAUUUUCAUCAGAAUGCAUCUGAUUGUAAACCUCACUCAGAAACUAGUGAUGUUCAAAGUUCUCCAGUACAAUCGCCACAAAAAUCUUUCGCGUUGGAUGGAUAUGGCAAGGUGUCCGACCCAGCUCUUUUAGAUGAGACGUCAUUGUUGGGAUGCUUUGUUCGGGCCAUUCCUGCAGAAGCCAGUGCUCGUAUCAAGAUCAGCACAACUUUACCAAACAGACUUGGAAAAAUGCUUGCACCUCUUCAUUGGCAUGAUUACAAGAAACAGUAUGGACGACUGGAUGAAUUUGUAGCUUCUCACUCCGAACUGUUUAUCAUUGAGGGAGACUUUAUUCAUCUACGUGAGGGAGCCCACGCUACAUUUUCUGCAACUACUGCUGUAGCAAAGGUUGCAGCUGCCGCUGCAGCUGCAGCAUCUCCUUUUGGAACAGCAAGAAUGCCAACUAUAGCAGUAACUCCUGUAGCACAGUCGCAGGUGCAUCGUUUAAGAAAGGGCAUAUUUAUUAAUUCAAAGGAUGUAAAAGUCUCUUCUUUAGAUCCUUCACCUAUGGUACAAAUAGUUUCUAAUUCUUCCAAUCAGUAUACACAUUUGCAUGGGGGGAUGUUGAAACAAAGUCAAAGUUCAGCAUCAAGAACAUCAGUAGUAAAUGGAAACAUUGGCCAAAAUCCUGACGUAAAUCAUGGAGCUACAGAAAAUUUGCCAGCCAAUUCCAAAGAAGAUGUUACUAAGGCAGAGGGUUUAUCCAUAAACACUAGACUCGAUGGAUUGGCUAUAAACUCAAAUGCUGCAUCUGUGGGAAACUUUGACAAGGCAGUUACAAACGGUUAUAAAAAUACAGGGGCUAGUAAUGGGAGAAUUGGAAUGCAUAUUGGAAGGCAAGGAAGAUUUCCAGGAUCUGCGUCCUACAUUAAGCAAGAAUUUGUUAACAGACCUCAGACACAAGAGAGUCGUAUUACUAGAAUUGAUCCUUCUACUGCCCCAGUCAGGUAAUUAAGCUUGUGUUACAUAAGUUGAAAUUUAUGGUUCAACGCCUUAAAAAUUUAUUCUGCAGCAAGUGGAGUUCGUGGGCAUUUGAUUGGGACCUAUGGGCUUUUUUGCUUUUGUAGGCUCUGUAAUCAUCUCGAGGCCAAUAAAUAUUGCUCAGAAAGAGUCGCUGAAAUGAUUUUGUUAUGUUGGGGAACCCCCCUACAAAUUGUUUGCUGGGCAGAUAUGUUUGAGCAAGCUGUCCAUGCUGCAAUAAGAACUAUUUGGCUUUUGGAAUCUUAUGAUCAAUUGCAUUGGUGCUUUUGCAGUGUUA